UUGACAGUGGCUGACCUCAUGAGGACAAGUUUCACUUAGUAUUUUAUGGUUCAACACCUAAAAUGUCUAAAUGAGUGGUCGAUUUGGUGUAAAUGAGGCUUUAGAUCUGUUAGAUGAUCUCCCUGAAGAUUUUUCCGACACCGAAUUUGAAGACGGGAGUGAUCUUGAAGAGGAUGACCUUGCCUGGUUGCGCGAGACUAAUGUCAACGAAAAACACAAUGAGGAAGCUGCAUUCCGUGACUCCGUUCUGUACACUGCAGAUGAUUUACUGACCCAAAACCAGGGUCCCGGUCAACAUGAUCUCAUUGUUCAAGUAGACAGGAACCCUCGUAUUAGUCGUUGCAAUCCAAGAGGUUCUCCGGAUACUGUUGCGUCGUGCAAGUCUUUUUAUAGUCACCAUAGGCCUGCCAGUAAUGCUCCUUCUUCACAUGCUCCAGCACAGGCUCUGAGCAAGAAUCGAAACAGCAGUGACAGCCAGUCUGAUGACAGUAACGGUGACGAGGAGUGGUUUCCUUCUAGUGUUCAAACGGCUGCUACCAGCAAAUAUCGAGGUCGUGUCAGAGUACGAGGAGGUUCUGGUCGAGCUUCAAGUUCAAGUAGCAGGAAUGUCAGCAGGGCCUGUCAUUCACAUGAAGUUCCACUACAUGAUGCUCAACAGACCCAAGAGGCAUUGCCUGCCCUUCCACCUACUAGCCAGGGAGUUUACCAGUGUGGUCGCAGAAGAGGUCGCGUCCGUGUUCGAGGCUGUGGCAGUAGGAAAGUGUGCAGAGUUUCAAGUACCCUGGAUGUUUAUUCACAGAGCCAGAACGAAGGCACUGAAUUUCAUCGAGGUGACAAUGACAACACUGGUGUAGAAAGCCAAGCUGACACUAGCACUGAUGAGGAAUGGUUACCUGGCUCUCGUACCAGUCAAAAUCGUGAAGGUCGCCGUGGCAUUGGUGCUAAUGCAUUGCCUGCUGCAAAUCGUGGACGAGGUCGUGGUCGUGGUCGCGGUCGUGGUCGCGGUAAGGUGGCCAACACAGUGGCCAGGGAUGGAGAACACGUUGUUCAACUUCAACCAGAGACCGACGAUACAGAUGAUUCAGGUGUUGACAAUGAUAUUAUUGUGGCUGGUCAAGACUUAGUGUGGGAGGCGUUUGAUGGCGAUGAAGUGAACCCUAAUCAUGCUAUUCCUUUUACUGCUAGGAGUGGUGUGUGCGAUUGGGUUUUAGCCAGAGAGCCUGUUCUAGCCUCCGACUUUUUCAAACUCUUUUGGGAUGACAACAUAUCCCGUGACAUUUGCAGGGAGACCAAUUUGUAUGCAGAUCAGUGUAGGGCAGCAAAUCCAUCAAACAUGCGGUGGAUUCAAAUUGACAGGAUAUCACUUGAUGCUUUCUUAGGAGUAAACAUUGCCCAAGGCAUUGAUCGUCGUGCCCAUCUGAGGGACUACUGGUCCAAAAAGCCAUGGUCCCGGACACCUUGGUAUGGAGAGGUCUUCACUGGGAAGGAUUUUUUUCAAAUCCAUCGAUAUUUACACUGUUGUGACAAUGUACAAUAUGAUCCAAAUGAUCCGAACAGAGACAAACUUUUCAAAGUCAGGUUUCUUGUAAAUAGAUUGAGUGAAAACUUUCGGCUGAUGUACACACCUGGACACCAUAUUUCAGUUGAUGAACAGAUGAUUGGAAGAAAGUGCCGGGUUUCUUUCCUCCAGUAUAUGCCGAAGAAGCCAAAGCGAUUUGGUAUAAAACUUUGGGUCCUCGCUGAGAGUGAUUCUGGCUAUUGCAGUCGCUUCCAAAUCUAUACUGGGAAGGUUGCUGAUCGCGUUGAAGUUGGCUUGCCAUCACGUGUUGUCCAUGAUCUAACUGCAGACUUUAGUGAUUCUGGAUACCGUCUUUAUACUGACAAUUUCUACACAUCGCCAACCUUGUGUCUUGAACUUCUCAACCGUGGUAUCUUAUGCUGUGGAACAGUUCGUCUGAAUAGACGAGGCUUCCCAAUGGAGCUAAGGCCUGUCAAAGGUGACCAUUUUCAGAGAGGUGGAAUGGAGUUCAGAAAAUGCCAUGGUGGAUUGAUGACUGCAGUACGUUGGAAAGACAAGAGGGAUGUAACAGCCUUAUCCACAAUGCAUGGAAACCAAGUGACAGUCAUACCACCACGUCGAGAAGGGCAGGACGAACGUAGAAAGCCAACGUUGAUAGCCAACUACAAUGAUCAUAUGGGAGGAGUAGAUCUACUUGAUCAACACUUGUGUUACUAUACCGUCAGUCGUCGCAACCUGAAGUGGUGGAAGCAUGUAUUUUGGAGGCUUGUGGAGCUUUGCAUAGUUAACUCAUACAUAGGGUACAAAAAAGUGACAGGAAAGAACAUUGAGCAAAAGGCUUUUCGUGAAAUGUUGGUAGCGGAACUGACGGAACCACAGCGAGAGCGACGUGCCAACAGAGAUCUACCUGGUCGUGGUCGGCCUCGUCUGGCUCCAGUUGAGAACAUCCCGAUUCGCGGUCCUAUUCCUGCAGUUGCAGCAAGAACAACUGGUGUCCACCCCAUGACAACCCAAAAAGAUGGUGGAAUUAGGAGAACGUGUAGAGUGUGUGGCUAUGAAAAGGAUGAAAAUGGGAGAAAAUCUCAAAGGAAAACGAACAAUUACCGUUUGACAUGUGAGCGAUAUAUUCAUAGGAAAGACUGUUGGAAUCGGUGGCACUCUAGAGACCCUUUGCUCUAAACACUGCAGUGAAAGUGGCCUCUGAAAUGGCUCAUCCAUCAGUGCAUCUGUGGUGCAUUCAUGAGUGUAUCUUCUUAGACUGCUAGGCACAUUACGGGGCUGGUUUCGUGAAAAUAUGCAUUUUAUGCACAUUUUCAAAAUGUAUUUGUGAUUGUUCCGUACAUUUUCCUAUUCCAUAAGCGUAUUCGACAAUAUCAAAUUUGAUCCGUCCAUUAUGCGGACUGUUGCAGUAAUCAGUAUUGUUGAUCCGGCCAUUCUGCGCUCUGUUGCAGAAGUCAGUAUUGUUGAUCCGUCCAUUAUGCAGAUUAGGUGUAGCAAGGCAGAAAAUAGGGAAAAAUCAACUUUUUCUCAAAUAUUCAGUCAAAAAUCAAAUAUUUGCAGAGUUUGAUCGUUACCAUGGCAACGGUGCAUGAUUUAUUUUCGUUCUAUCAGAUACCCUGGUUGCCCAUAUAUAGGCCUAACAAAAUAUCAUUGCAGUUACCCCUCUAUCUUUUGCAGCUUUGCUACACUGGCUCCUUGAAAAAGAUUGGUGUUGUUUUGCACUUCCAUGAAAAUUCACUCUAAGUCCACACAGUGAUAGAUUAUGCCGUUAUGUAAAAAAAUAGCAUAAACAACUUCAUUCUUCCAGAGAUAUGCAUCAUGUUCUGUCCCUAGGGUGAAAAGUGCCCAGUUAACUCAAUUCCUUGGUCAGAUCUGGUGUAUCUAGACCAACAAUAUGGUAAAAAUCUACUUUUUCUCGAAUAAUCUCUCAAAAAUCAAACAUAUCCAUAGUUUGAUUGUUACCAUGGCAACGGUGCAUGAUUUAUUUUCGCUCUACCGGUUACCCUGGUAACCCACAUAUAGACCUAACAAAAUGUCAUUACAGUUAUCCCUCUAUCUUUUUCAGCUUUGUUACAUUGGCUCUUUGAAAAGUAUUGGUGUUGUUUUGCAUUUCAAUAAUAAUUCAUUCUGUUGUCCACUCUGUGAAAUGAUAAAGCCGUUGGGUAAAACGAAAAGCAAAAACAAUGUCAUUCUUCCAGAAAUAAGCAUCAUGUUUUGUCUCUAGAGUGAAAAUUGCCCAGUAAAUCGAAUACUGGGGUUAGAUUUGGUGUAGCUAGGAAGUAAAUGUGGUAAAAAGCCACUUUUUCUAAAAUAAACAACCUUAUUUCAUAAUUUUCACUGUUUUGAUACAUAUUAUAACGGUUGCCAUGGUAACCAGGUAAUGUUUUUCCAAUAUUUGCUGAUGGAUUCUGAAAGGUCAAUCAAAGACCUAAACAAUAUUCCAUUACAGUACCCCUGUAAAGUUUACAGGGUUGAUGCACUGGCUCUUUGAAAGAAAUUGAUGUGAUUCUGUGCAAAAUGCUCUGAAUAAUAAUGGUGCAUGAGAGGGUUAAAAGCGAUGGAAUUGUAGACUAACAAUCCUAGUCUGCGGUAUGAUAAGAGUGCAUUUCUAAAUGUUUCUAUUAUGAAAUGCCCACUUCGAUUGUACUAAAUAAAUGUUCACAUUCUCAUGUCCUAUGUUGUACUCGUGACUACGUUGUAUUAGCUUGUCGGUUAGCUGA